CAGUUCCGAAAUAUUCCGCUCCUACCACGUUCUGACUCUUCCCCACACUCAACACCAUUACAAAUAUUAUCACAUUCCUUCUGGCCGAUGGAAACUCGUUCAGCCUUUCGAUUCUGCAAUGUCCUCAAUUGCUUUUUCCUUUCUUCAUUUCAAUCGCUCUUUUCUUCUGCUGCUCAAUCUCCUAGCAGCUUUCGCUUACUGCCGCGUUCCCUCCACUCUCGAAGGUCCCUUUCAUCCUGUCACCGUUCCCUUCGACCGCUCCUUGCUCGGCGCCGUCGACUUGCCGCCCUCCGAUCCCCGCGUUCGCCGCCGCGUUCAGGGUUUCCAGCCCGAACAGAUCUCUCUGUCUCUCUCCACCACCCAUGACUCUGUUUGGAUCUCAUGGAUUACAGGGGAGUUUCAAAUUGGUUUCGACAUCAAGCCUUUAGACCCAAAGACUGUCGCAAGUGUCGUCCAAUAUGGAACUUCAAGAUUUGAUUUAGUGCAUGAAGCUAGAGGUGAAUCUCUCAUCUACAACCAGCUCUAUCCUUUCGAUGGCCUUCGGAAUUACACUUCUGGAAUUAUCCAUCACGUUCGACUCAUAGGAUUGGAACCAAGCACACUGUACUAUUAUCAAUGUGGAGAUCCUUCACUCCAAGCCAUGAGUGAUAUAAACUAUUUCAGGACCAUGCCAAUUUCUGGUCCACAUAGCUACCCUGGCAAAGUAGCUAUAGUAGGAGAUCUUGGUCUCACUUAUAAUACAACUACUACCAUAGGUCACCUGACUAAUAAUGAACCUGAUCUUCUUCUAUUGAUUGGUGAUGUAUCCUAUGCGAAUCUGUAUCUCACAAAUGGAACUGGCGCGGACUGUUAUAAAUGCACGUUUCCACAAAGUCCUAUACAUGAAUCAUACCAGCCUCGAUGGGACUAUUGGGGAAGGUUUAUGCAAAACCUAAUUUCUAAAGUUCCAAUAAUGGUGGUAGAAGGAAAUCAUGAAACAGAAGAACAGGCCGAUAACAAGACAUUUGUAGCCUACAGUUCUAGGUUUGCAUUCCCCUCUGAAGAAAGUGGAUCUUUAUCCACAUUAUACUACUCUUUCAAUGCUGGGGGCAUUCAUUUUAUUAUGCUCGGAGCUUAUAUUAAUUAUUAUAAAAACGGUGAACAAUACAAAUGGCUGGAGAGGGAUCUGGCAAGUGUUGAUAGAUCAAUAACUCCCUGGCUUAUAGCUACUUGGCAUCCACCAUGGUAUAGUUCUUAUGAAGUUCAUUAUAAAGAAGCAGAGUGCAUGAGGGUGGAGAUGGAAAACCUGUUAUACUCGCAUGGUGUGGAUAUAGUAUUUAAUGGACAUGUUCAUGCUUAUGAGAGGUCCAAUCGGGUUUACAAUUACAGUUUAAAUCCCUGUGGUCCUGUGCAUAUUGCAGUUGGGGAUGGGGGUAACAGAGAGAAGAUGGCAAUCAAAUUUGCAGACGAGCCUGGUCAUUGUCCUGAUCCAUUAAGUACUCCUGAUCAUUUUAUGGGUGGCUUUUGUGCAACAAAUUUUACAUUUGACCAAGAGAGUGAGUUCUGUUGGGAUCACCAGCCAGAUUACAGUGCUUUCAGAGAAACUAGCUUUGGCUAUGGGAUUUUAGAGGUCAAAAAUGAAACGUGGGCUUUGUGGACUUGGUAUCGUAAUCAGGACUCGUACAAGGAAGUUGGGGAUCAAAUUUACAUAGUGAGACAACCUGAUAUAUGUGCUGUUCCUCGGAGUGUGUGCGGAGAUUUUACUACUUCGAUUUAAGAGGCACAAGGAGUUCAUUUGGUGUAAUUAAUGAAUAUGUCACAACAGCUGAAUAUUAACCUCUGUGGAAA